GCUGGUGCCAUGCGGCGCGGGGGCUGCGGUGCGGAGCUGGCGGCCGAGGCUGCGGUGCGAGCCCUGCUGCUGGCAGCGACCCUCAUCCUGGAGCUCCUUCCGCCCUUCCAGCGCCUGCUGCAGCCCGAGGAGAUGUGGCUCUACCGGAACCCCUACACGGAGGCGGAGCGGGUGCCAGCGCUGCCCAUGGCGCUCAUCACCCUCCUGUCCCCGUUGCUGCUCAUCCUCCUGGCAAGGCUAUUCCUGGGCGCCGACCGGGAGGACACACGGGAAGCCUGCCUGGCUUCCAGCCUCGCUCUUGCCCUCAAUGGGGUCCUGACCAAUGCCCUGAAGCUCGUGGUGGGGAGGCCACGACCAGACUUCUUCUAUCGCUGCUUCCCAGAUGGAAAAGCCAACGUGGAGCUGGUGUGCACGGGAGACUCCAGCACAGUGAGCGAGGGGCGCAAGAGCUUCCCCAGUGGACACGCUUCCUUCGCCUUCACUGCUCUUGCCUUCUCUGCCUUCUACCUCGGGGGGAAGCUGCACUGCUUCAGGCCGGGCCGGGGGGGCAGAGCCCUGCGGCUCUGUGCCUUCCUCCUCCCACUCUUCCUCGCCACCCUCAUCGCCGUGUCCCGCACCUGCGACUACAAACACCACUGGCAAGAUGUCCUGGUUGGCUCAGCCAUUGGCUUCGUGCUUGCCUACCUCUGCUACAGGCAGUACUACCCUCCCCUGACGGACUCCAUGUGCCACAAACCCACGCAGCUGCCAGCACACCAAGAGAAGCCUCCAGCUUCCAGCUUCCACCUGGAUGUAUAGGGAUGGGCCCUCGUCCUGCUGGUCCCUCAGUGCCAGGGCUUUGGGGUGGUUGAUGGUCAGAAGUGGCUCCAUCGGAUGGGGAUGAACCUGAUGCUGAUGCAUUCAACCACAUCUCACAGGCAUCCCCCUCUUCUUGCACCUUAGGGUGCAAACCUGGAGCCACAAACGGUCCUGAAGCAAGAAGCAGGAUGGGACCAGCUGGCGUGCCCCAUUCCAUGGGUGUUCUUGUCACCCUUCGGUCCCAUCCCUCCCCAUGGGAAGUGUAUCCCGGAUGGCAGUGCAGUCUUUCCAACCCCAGCUGAGCUCAUAGGCAGGGAUGAGCAUGAGCUUGUGGCCUCUCUCCCCAUGGGUUGAAUGGGGAGAGGGAAGAUGGCUCUAACGUGUGUUAUUGGGCUUGCCCUGACCUUUCCUAUGUGCCAAAUAAAGGAGUUUAGUUUUGUACAUCA